CGGUGGUGAAGCUCGUAAGGCAGUGGAAGGGUUCUUCUACCGAAAUUCAGAAGAUGCCUAUCUAGGUGCUUGGGGAAUCCUACAGGACAGGUAUGGAGGUCCAUUCAUAGUGCAAAGAGCCUUCAGAGAAAGGUUGGCUAAAUGGCCAAAGAUAUCAGCAAAUGACCCUGUAGCAUUAGGAGAGUUUGCAGAUUUCCUUCAAGGUUGUGUGGAGGCCAUUCCUCAUGUUAAAGGCCUAGCUAUUCUAAAUGAUUGUGAAGAAAACCACAAGCUUCUCAAGAAACUGCCUGAAUGGAUCGUGCGCAGAUGGAGUCGCAUCGCCGUGGACGAGCUGGACAAGUCCCAAGAAUACCCAACCUUUGCUCGUUUCACAGAGUUCCUGCAAAGGGAAGCUAAGAUUGCAUGCAACCCCAUUGCCUCUCCUUUUCUCCUCAGUACCAAGACUACAGAUGAGAGAAUUCCCAAGAGAGCCAAGGCGCUCAACACAAGCACUCAAAUGAAGCCCUCUACCUUCAACGUUCCAAAUAUCUCAGCUUCAAGACCGAAACCACCUUGCCUAGUCUGCAAAGACGAAACACACGGUGUCGCUAAAUGUCUGACUUUUGCGGCAAAGACCAUCGAUGAAAAGAGGGCCUUUAUUCACGAAAACCAUCUCUGUUUUGGUUGCUUAAGAAAGGGCCACACUACAAAAGACUGCAAAGGAAGACACACGUGUAGCAUAUGCAGUCGACGUCAUCCAACCUGUUUGCACAUACAGAGAGACACUGAGCCUGUCAAGGCAUCAAACGAUGAUUCAGUAGGCAUGAGAAAUAAGGCAAACGACAACGUUCCCAAAGUUAUGUCCCAUACUUUGACAAGACAUACGUCUGCCACAUCCUGCAUUGUUCCAGUUCUGUUGUCAGCUACUACGGAGCCUCAGAGGGAAAUCCUCACUUAUGCCUUACUUGACACACAGAGUGAUUCAACCUUUAUUCUGGCAGACCUGGUAUCGAAGUUAAGUGUGAGCACCAAGCCAUUACAGCUAAGGCUCAGCACAAUGACAGCGGUUGACACAGUUAUUUCAAGCCAAAUUGCUCACGGUCUGCAAGUGCGUGGCUUCAACUCCAAAGUUCAAGUCCAACUCCGUCAAGCCUAUACAAGAGAUUUCAUUCCAGUAGAUAAGUCUCACAUCCCCACUAAGGAGACUGCACUCCAGUGGUCACACCUCAAACACUUGGCAAACAAGUUACAGCCACUUCAAGAUUGCGAAGUAGGACUACUGAUCGGUUAUGACUGCCCAUCAGCACUGGCUCCCUUGGAGGUUGUUAUCGGCUCCGAAAAUGAACCCUUCGCUCAAAAAACUAUGCUCGGCUGGAGCAUUGUAGGAUCAGCAAAUCCACAUCUUGAUAGACCGGGUAGCCAGAGCUUCGUACACAGAGUCGCAGUGAAAGAAAUGCCAAUGCCGCCGGUCGCUGAUGUGUUAAAGGCUUUAGAAAUGGACUUCAUUGAAAGAAAUUAUGAAGAUAAGUACGUGUCUCAAGAUGAUGUUCGCUUCGUGCAGUUUCUCUCGGAAACUAUAAUGAAAAGGAAAGAUGGACACUACGAGAUGCCGUUACCCUUCAAAGACAACAGUCAACUGGCACUACCAAACAAUAAGAGGCUGGCCCUUAUUCGACUUCAUCAUCUAAAGAAAAGAUUAAAGGGAAAUAGACAGUACCAUGAACACUACACUGCAUUCAUGGAAGAAACAAUCAGAAGAGGUGAUGCAGAACCAGCCCCUUCAUUAUCAGAGGAAGAGACAGUGUGGUACAUCCCACAUCACGGGGUUUAUCACCCCAAGAAGCCAGACAAGUUAAGAGUUGUCUUUGAUUGUUCAGCAAAGUUCAAAGGCAUCUCCCUAAACGAUACCUUGCUGACAGGUCCCGACCUGAUAAACUCUCUAGUGGGAGUCCUCUGUCGCUUCAGGAAGGAAGCAGUUGCUGUGAUAUGCGACAUUGAAAAGAUGUUCCAUCAGUUCUAUAUCCCCUCAGAAAUGCGCAAUUACUUAAGGUUCCCUUGGUGGGAGAACGGUCAGUUGGAAACAGAACCGAAAGAAUACAGAAUGGCAGUUCACCUUUUCGGUGCCAGCUCCUCUCCAGGAUGUGCCAAUUUCGGCCUUAAGUAUCUUGCACGACAACACAAGUCAGAACAUCCCUCAGCAUCAGCCUUCAUCGAGAAGAACUUUUAUGUCGACGACGGCCUAACUAGCGUUCCAACAGUCAGCGAAGCUUCGAAUCUAAUCCUCGAAACUCAAGGAUUAUGUAAAAAUGCCGGCCUACGACUGCAUAAGUUCAACUCUAAUAAAAGGGACGUCCUGUCCUGUAUAGCUCCGUCAGAAAGAGCAACAACUAGUGUACCUGUCAAACUUAGCCCAGACUCAACAACAGAAGGACAAGUACUUGGCAUUCAGUGGUCAAUUGAAAACGACACCUUCAGUUUCAGUGCUGACAUAAAGCAUCAACCCUCAACUCGUCGUGGUAUCCUGUCAGUCGUAGCCUCCCUUUAUGAUCCUCUAGGCUUCAUAGCCCCCUUCAUACUGAGUGGCAAGUGCAUUCUCCAAGAGCUUUGCCGCAGAGGCAUCAGUUGGGAUGAAGCACUUCCUGAGAGCUUAUGUCCACGGUGGGAGGCUUGGAAGAGUAGUCUGCAAGCUUUAAGGGAAAUCAAGAUACCCAGAUGUUACCAUCCCCCAGACUUUGGUAACAGAAUGAAAGUGGAACUACACCACUUUUCCGAUGCCAGCAACAUAGGAUAUGGUGCCUGUUCGUACCUUAGGUACAAAAAUGACAGAGAUCAAGUCCAUUGCAGCUUCGUAAUGGCCAAGGCAAGAGUUGCACCAACGAAGAUUGUGAGCAUCCCAAGGCUUGAACUCUCAGCUGCCGUCACUGCAGCAAGGUUGAGUGUCAUGUUGAAGGCAGAACUUGAAAUAGAAGUUGACAAAGAGUUCUUCUGGACAGACUCCCAAGUAGUCUUAGCCUAUAUCAAUAACGAAGCAAGAAGGUUUCACGUGUUUGUAGCCAAUCGUGUUCAACUCAUAAGAGAGAUUACAGAUCCAACCCAGUGGCAUUAUGUGGAUACGACCCAAAACCCAGCCGACCAUGCAUCCAGGGGUCUACAUGUAGCGGAUAUAUCCACCUCAAGUUGGUUAUCUGGGCCUAGUUUCCUUUGGAGAUCUGAAGUGCACGCAUCUUCAAGCUCUUCAGCAGAACUAAUUGUAGACGAUCCUAAAGUCAAACCCAUUACAACCCUUGCAUCACAAGCCAAUGAACAAUUCUGGAGUCGGUGGAAAAGAGAAUACCUCAUGAGUGUUUCCACAAGACAGAAAUGGCACACACCUCGACGUAACCUCAAAGUAAAUGACAUUGUCAUAAUCAAAGAUGAUAUGUCUCCCAGAUGCCAGUGGCAACUAGGACGUGUAAUUGAAACUACAAUAGAAAAGGAUGAUCUAGUUCGUCGAGUCAAGGUGUUAGUAGGUGACAGAAGAUUGCAAGAUAAGAAGGACUAUGUAUCAAAACCUUCAAUUAUUGAACGUCCUAUUCAAAAGCUAGUAGUCCUCAUAGAAAGCAAAUAAGUUCAGUUUUAGUGAUACACUAGCAUACCACCACACAAGACAGUAGCCAGUCACAGAGGUACCUAUAAGCUAAAUUGUGUAUGAUGUACCAUGUUUUAUAGCGGCCAAGGUUAUGUUCUGUAAAUUAUGUAUGACUUUUAGGUUAUGUUCAUCAUAACAUAAUUUGGUGGGAGUGUAACUGUCCGCUUAUCAUUGUGGAUCUAGUUCAGCACUUACUGCUGGGUGGAACAUUUCUGCCUCCCUUUGGUUCCCUGGGGAAUGUUUUGAUCAGCAGGAUUACAAGACCACUCCUUCUUCCUGUCUUAGAAAGAAAGCCUUUUCCUGUAUCUCAGAUGCCACAUGUUAGCUGUCUGCAUAGGAUUUCAUGGAAGAUGUCUGCAGAAAAUCCCUAAAGCUUAAAGUUUGUACCCCCCUUGGCAAGUGGAUCGAG